AUGGGAGACAGCAUGGAAAAAAAGGAAGGAGACAAGCAUGGACUCAAGUACAAAGAUAAGAGGAAGAGGCAUUGCAAGAAUGUGAAUGAUGGCAACACCGAGUCUGAAGGUGCAGAGGGGAAGAUCACUGGCAAAAGAGCUGCUAAAGAAGAUGAUGGCGCCAAUAAAAAGAAAAGGAGGCUUCAAAAGAUUGAGUUUGACGAGGCCACAUGCUCCAUUGUAGUGAAAGGAACUUCCACUCUAAAGGAUAUAAAGAGGACGUUCAAGAACUUCAAGGCUGUGAAGAGUGGUGAGAAUGGGUUUAUUCUCGAGUAUCCUAGCAGAGAACACGCACUUGUAGACAUGAAAGCAAACAGGAGACAGGAGAGAGAAGGGGGGGAAAGGUCCAAUAGGUAUCUGGACAACAAGUACAUACUCACCAAUCUUUCCUACAAGGAAGAUAAGGAGUCCAUUUCGAAAGUGUUUGAAAAGUACGGGGAGAUCGAAAGAAUAACAAUAAAGAAGAACAAAGACAAUAUAUCCACAGGAAAAGCAAUCAUAACUUUCAAAAAGAAGGCGGUGAUAAAGGAAGAAAUCGUGAUGAACAAUAAGCCGAUUUACAUAGAGAGAGUUAAGAAGCCUUUGGAGAAUAAGACCAGAUUUUUUCUUGGUAAGAUAACGAAGUCUCUUUCCAUAGUCGAUAUAAGGAAAAUACUUGUGGAGGCUAAAUGCAAGCCAAAGGACAUAAGGAUAUUGUAUGGAGAAAACAAACGGAACAGAGGAUAUGGAUUUAUAGAGUAUGCCAACGAAGAGGAUGCAAACACGUUUGCCAAAAAGUUUGAGAAGAUCAAGGAAUUGCUAGGGCCUGAGUGCUACUAUGAAUAUUCCAACGAAAAGGCUUUCUCAAAGAGAAAAUGA